CUUCGAAAAUGAACCAACAAGUAGGACAGUGAUUGGGGCGAAGCAAGCGAGAAAACACUAACACACAUAGUACAAUUGUCGAAGUUACGACCUAUUUUUAGGAGUGCAAGGUUACAACUUAUCUAUUUUUGAGAAAGUGAAGGUGACAGUCUAGUUACACUUACACCCACAGGUACUACUAACUUCUUGUUCCUCUCUCCCAUUGGAAAAAAUGAGUCGCAGAGAGAAGAGUCGAUCCCGUUCGAGAGCGGGUCCCUCCGCAGCGCCAGCGACCUCAUGGGCUGCGGGAGCGGCGUGUAGUGCCUGUGGCGAGCCCCUGCAUAUGAACAACAAAGAAAGAACGAUGAAACUAAUAGAAGGCUGCGGACAUUUGUAUCACGUCGGAUGCUUUCAGAAGCUUCUAGAACAAGAUUUAAGGCUCAACUUUCAUUGGUCACCAGUUAGAUUGGAGUCACUGACAGCGAAGAGGCGACCCCUUGAGAGAACAGGGGAAAACUAAGGGAACAAGGGGAAACCUUUGAAGGGGGUCUCUUCCGUUCAGCAUCAGUGGCCAAUGGGUGUCGAUCUUUAAAAGAUGGCGCAAAGUGCAAGGCGUGCGAUCAGCCUCUGGCGAUCCUCGGAGACAUGCUAGAUGUCAAAGGCUCCUUUCGCGCACCGAGGUUUACUAAAUUUAAGGGAGCCAGAAAAUAGUCACAUCUAUUAUAGAAGUUAUACAUACUAGUUCAUCAUGUGUUCUAGAAGUAGCUAGUUCUAGUUGUGUGAGUUGAUCAAGGCGAGUCCGAGACGAGACGAGGCACUCCUUUGAGAAGCAAAUAUGUUACUAGUUGGAUACGACUUUACUCAGGUCAUCUGCCUCGGUGUUCGUUGACUUUACACAGGUCACCCAUCAUCCUCGGAGGCGAGCAGGUGCCAGUGGGGCUCGUUCCGUUGUGCAGGAUCCAUAACCUAACCUAACCAAUCCGAAUGCGAUGAGUAGCUUAGUCUUCGAGCAGGACAAGCAGGGGUUAGGGCCUUGAUUAUUUGACUACAGCUUGCACUUGAUUAUAGGACUACUUAGGGUCUUGAUUAUAGGACUACACCCGGAGUCUGCAGUAUUAAUUUAAUAAAGAUAUUAGUACAACCUCCGCUAAGCUACUGGCCCAACGAGAACGACGGCAAAUAAAGCUUCAGGAAAAGCAGUUGAAGGUCUCGCAAAUGAAAGAGCAGAUCAAAGAACUAGAGGAGGAGAAAAAGAGACUGGAAGAAGGUACUUGUCCUUCUAGCCAUGACUUUAGAAGUGGUAGAAGUACUAGAGCUCUGACGAAUAAAACACGACUUAGUGGUCGUAGUGGUAAAAGAAGUACUAAAUCACUCGGUGGUCGUCGUAGUAGUACUAAAAUUUCUAGCGCUGUACUCCUAGGCCUAGCAAAUGUGUUUGUGUUCUGUCUAAUAAUUGUCAUGUUAUUAACAAUAAUGAUUAUGUUUGAGGCACUAUUGCACUUGCAGCUUGUCCUUGUUAUUGCACUUGCAGCUUGUCCUUGUCCUUUUUCCCUGGUACUAGCUGUGGAACAAGUACGUCCCUUAACUUAAUUGUCAUAUUAACAAAAAUGAUUAAGUAUGUUUGAGGCACUAUUGCACUUGCACCAUCAUGGUACUAGUUGUGGAUCAAGUCGACCCUUAACUGAACUAGCUCUACUAUCUUCUACAGAGAACGCAAAGGAGGAUACAAGGAUGAAACAAAGCAAAUCGGACACCGAGUAUCUAGAAAAGCAGAUCUCAGACGCUCAGAAGAAACUGAAGGAAGCAAAGGAACAGGAGCUUCAAUUGUUAAGGCUUACCCUAUUAAUUAAUGGUCAAUCUUCUGAGCGGCCUGAUGCAUCUUCCUGAAGAGACUUUCUUUUCAAGAGGAAAACUUACCCAGGAUGGUGCGUCUCAAGAAUAUGAAAAAGUAGCUCAAUGAGCUCUAAAAUUGUUGGAGACCUCUCGCGUUUGCGACUAUUUUCGUGAUAGCAGGAGAGAAAUCGCGAGAAAUAACAACAGCAACCCUUUACAAGUAAAAAGUGAACUUGCAGUAGGCGUAGGAGGAUCUUCAUCUUCGAGCAGUAGUUCAUCUGCAGGUGCUGCACUGGGUGGAACUGCACUAGCUAUAGGAAUUACUCUAUUCGAAAAGGGAGAACAUCUUCAACCUCCUCUGGGAGAAGCCGCAACCACGACGACAGCCACGAACUCUUCGUCCUCCUCAUCGUAUCCACAAAACAACACCACUAAAGAUGCAGCGGUCGACAAGUUUUUCGAUUGGUGUUAUUUUUAAGGCUAGUUGUACAAGAAAUGCAUCUUAUUUACCCGGCAUCUUAGUCCCAUUUUUAAAACGAACACGGGAACGAAGCCGGAGAUGGAUUUCUCACACUGACUUGGUUCUAAUAUUUCCAAGACCAUAUCCAGUUUGGAAAAGCACUUCUGCAAGAGUCAAAGAGACAAGACGAAGAUCAGGAUCGAUUUCUAGAUGAGGAAGUCGCCAAGAGUAAGCGCGAAUUUGAAGCAGAAGAAGAAGCCAGAACAAGUAAGAAGAAGGAAGCGGAUGAAUCUGAAGUUAAGAAUUUGAAGGAGAUGAUUAGGAUGAUAUCAUUUACAGAUGCAGCAUGUGAGGGAAGAGCGAGAGGCUGUAUUCAUUUUCUUUGGGACAAGACGAAGAACUUCAACUUCUAGUACCUACUUCCCGUUAUUUUUGAUGGAUUCAAUCGUGAAGAUAAUUUUUGAACUCGCAGAACUACCACCAAUAUGGUGGCCAGCUCUAAGCAGACAAAAUUAAGGAACCAACGGCCAGAGGUGGAGAAGCUACGCAAGGAGGUCGAAGCGGAAAAAAGAAAGCUACAGAUAAAGCAGAACCCUGCACUUUUAUGCGGGCUUCAUUGAUUUCGUAAUCAUUUCAUCUGAACAAUAUUGAUCUAGUAGUAGUACUUUCUUUUACUUCUACAACUUGGUAGUAGGUCUAGGUGUAGGUACUGCAUUUAUUGGAACAAGUUACAACACGACGUGGAAGUGCAAGAUGAUCGUGCCUGGAUGUACAAUGGGUAAUCAACGUAGCUCUAAUACCUGAACAGCACUCGGCAGACCAGGGUCCGACUUCAGGAAAGAAAGCGCCUGGAACGCCAGUUCCUCGAUCCGGAGUGAAACGCACGCGCACGCCAUCAGGAAGUGCUGGAACCAUAGGUGCGAGAUUGCGCAGUCAAGAUAGUGGUUCUAGAAGAGGAGGCACGGCGCCAGGAUCAGAACAGCAGGUUGUAGGUUCAGCUGGGCAAGCCAAAGCAGCUAUGCAACCUCCAUCUCCCUCUCCGAAUAGCAAACGCGUAAAAAUACAAGGAGUCCCUCUGUUUGGUGGAUCUUCCUCCCGCAAGAACGCUGCUGCAUCUUCAUCAGAGGACAAAAGCAACAGAAAAACUACAGGUGGAGGUAGAGGUUCGUCCGAUAUCAAGAGUCGGCAUUUAAGUGCCUCUUUUCGGGAUUUGAUAAUGCUGCGGGAAGAGGAUCGUAUUGCUCCAGAGCAAGAGAGGAAGCAAGAUCUGUCGGUGGUGUUGGAAGAGCCGGUAGGAGAACCACAAGAAGAGCAAGAUGUUCAACAGGGAAAUGAUGUGAAUAAUGUAGCAGGAACGGGCACCUAGAACAAAACCAACGCUCAUCGUUGAUGAUCACACCUGAUAUGCAUAUUUUCGACACGCUCACUCUUAGUUCAUCUUUUUCGCUAAAACAACUCAUCACUCUUCUUAGUUCAUCUUUUUCGCUGUAUCAUUGUUUUGAAUUUGGUCGAUCCUCCUGACAUAUUCCUUGCAGCUUCUUCGUCGAUCAUGCUUUGACUAUCUCCAGCGCUUGAGAGUCCUCUCACCCUGUCUUUUCACUCUAU